AUGAGAGGCGACUUCAGAGUCUGUUUCCCAGGGUUGCUGCCCCACAGUCUGCGACCUUCAGUGCUGUGCUUCUGGGAGCCAAGAAGGACCCAGAUCACUGUCUAUGAGAGUGCUGUGUCUAACAGCAUGGCUGGAAGACCAGAGAAGGGUUUGUCUUUGAUAGGAUUCACUCUCCUCUGCCUGAAGACGGUUAUUUCAUCCAAAACAGCACCUGAAAUACCAACUAUUGAUCAGGCAUAUUCAAAAAUCAGCACUAGUAUCACUGUAGAGUGGACUACUGUGCCAGGGGCCACGAGUUACUUGCUCACAGCUGAAGAUGGGGACACAGUCAUCGAGACCACUGUGGCCAGUUCCCCAGGCACUGUGACAGGCCUGAAGGCUGCAACCUUGUAUCAAAUCACCAUCAGAUCCAUCAGUGCCUCUGGACGAAGCCAGGCAUCAUCUCCAAAGCAGGCAAAGACAGUGUUGGCUGCACCAGUUUUGAAAGUUGGCUCUCCAAGUCCAGACUCCAUCCUUGUGAGAUGGGAUGCCGUAUAUAUGGCAAUUGGCUUCUCUGUGUCUGUUAUGAGAGCCAAUGGCUUGGGGAGAAUUUGGAAAGAGAAUACUACGAACACCUCCUUGACCUUCAGCAGCUUAGAGUCUGGGACUCUGUACACUAUCAAGGCCUAUGCAUGGAAUGCCAAUGGAAUCCCUGGGGAUGACUCCACCUGCAACCUGAGAACCAGUCCCCGUGCCCCUGCCAACGUUGAAGUCUUCUUUGACAGCGGGGCCCUGAAGGCGUCUGUUUCAUGGACGCCAACAGAAGGAGCGUUCGCCUACACCGUGAUGGCGUCCAGCGAUUCUUCCCACCGCAGCUGCAGCACAGCACUCAGCUCCUGUAGCAUUGGCUCUCUGCAGUGUGGAACAGAGUACCUGAUUUCUGUCUCAGCCAGUAAUGAUGCUGGGUCCAGCAGGUCCUCUGCAGUGACCCUAAAGACUGUGGCUUGUGCACCUGCAAGAGUGACAAUCCAAGAAGACCCCCCUGGUCACUUGUCUGUGGCUUGGUCUAAUGUAGAGCUGGGUGACUACUAUGUGGCUUUCGUGAAGAGUGACGACGGUCUGGAAGCUCACUGCAACACCUCCCUCACUCAGUGCCGCUUCUCCGCUGAGUGUGGCUUCACGUACUUCGUUAGUGUAUUUGCCUACAAUGAAGCAGGGCAGAGCCCCCUGGGGGAUGCGUUCAAUUACACCACAGCUCCUUGUUGUCCUAAUGACAUUAGCGCAGUGUUGGUGUCCAGUGACAGAGUGGAAAUAGCCUGGUCUCCUGUGCGUGGUGCUGAACUCUAUGAAACCAAGGCCGUAGCUGGGUACAGUGUGAUGGAGUGCAACGACACUGCUCCUGCUUGUACCCUCUCUGCUUUGGAUUGUGACACCAAGUACAACAUCACAGUGUAUUCCUUCAGCGAGGUCCGGGGCAGCAAUCUGUCAUGCUCCUCCCACUCCAUCACCACGGCUCCCUGCAGUCCUGAGAUAAAAAAUAUUUCCAAGGAUGCAUUCUCCACGAUUAAUGUGCACUGGCAAUCUGCUAAUGAAGGCGCCACUUACACAGUGACUGUCCAGGGGAAGAAGGGCACGUUCCAGUGUAGCAGCACAGGGGAGAGGUGCAUGAUUGGGGGCCUGCCCUGUGGCUCCAUGUUCUCUGUCACCGCUGUGGCCGAAACUCGAGUGGGAAAGAGCCUGCCCAGCUACAGCGUGCCCCUGGAGACAGUGCCGUGCUGUCCAGCUGGUGUGACAGUGGCUCAGGUCACCCAGUCCAUAAUCAAUGUGAGUUGGACUAUGGGGACAGUGGCUCAAACCUAUGUGACAGUGCUGGAGUCACACAUCGGACAGUCUAAGUGCCACACCAAUCAAAACCACUGCCUUCUGGGAUGCACUGCAUGCGGCAUCAACUACACAGUGGCACUAAAGGCCAUUAGCCCCACUGGACUGACUGCAGAGUGUGCCUACCAAAGUUAUUCCUCCAGUGCCUGCUGCCCACUGGGAGUCAAAUUAUAUAGGCUGGGCCCUAAUGGCAUCCGGAUCCACUGGCAAGCCUCCAGGGGCUCUGCCAAUUAUAGCACUGACCUCUACGGCUCCAAAGGCAUCUUCACAUGUGUCCCAAGUUCUGGCCUAAGUUUCUGUGAUGUCACCGACAUCCCCUGUGGGGACGUAUACACUGUGAUGGUCUCACCAGUUGCUGAAACAGGACUGAAGCUAACGUUCUGCCCAAAAAAGAUAUAUUCAGGGGGCGCCAGACUGAUCAUAGAAUUCUGCCCACACUACGCAGCCUCAGUCCUGGCGCAAACUGGACGCGCCCUUGUUGACGCUCAUGACGUCACCAGAGGGCGCGGCCUACGGAGGGGGCGGGGCCUCCCCGCCUCGAGGGGAAGGGCCCGCCCCUGA